UUCUCUUGCUCCAUUGAUGGCAAUAAAAAUGAUUUGUCUACCGUCUUUCGACACCAUGAAGGCUCCCACGCCGACUACAGAAAGGAUGAGGAUGACGCUGAUGAUGGCCUCGAGGAUGAUCCAUGCUUCGGCGACAUAAAAUCGUCUGCCAAGGUCAUGGGUGUCCAGGGGCGCCAGAAAUCAAGUAGAGUACGUAGUCCUCUGCGUGACUCGACCACACCGCCCAUCGACCUCGAUCCUGCUUCCAGUUAUCAGGAACAUGCUGGUGGCAAAGAAGAAAUAAUGGAUAGAAGAGCAUACGAUGGGUUCCACGGCGCCACGAGAAUACGAGAUGAAAAGAAUGUCUCUUCUUCGAGUCUGGCAGACUCGCUUCCUGCUAGUCGAAUUCUCCUUCCAGGUGGCGCCAAAGUAUUUGUUACAAGCAGACCGAAAGCUGUAACUCUAGGCCAUGAGCGAACACUUGGAACUUCGGCCAAAAAGCUGGGUGGACUAGGAGAUCUUGGCUCGAUUCUUCGUCGCAAUUCUGGUUUACAGUCAGUUAAACGUGGUUUUGGUAGUAUGGCUGAUGAAAACUCUGGCAGAGAGAGCGAUGAUAUUGACAUUAAUACUACUAAAAAUGACUGUGGAAAUCAUAUCAGAAAGUUAUCUGAUAAUAAUUUCGUCUCAAUAGAUAGCGAAAAUGACUUGAAUUCGCGAGCACAGACCUCUGAAGAAUUUUCUCAGGACUUGGUCGGCAGUCCUAUGAUGACUUCGGUGUCGAUUAAGGGCCAAAAUUAUAUCAGUUCACGCCGAUCAAAAAGGACAAAUAAUAAUAACAAUAGUAGUAAUAAGAAAGGAGAAAAGAAUUCAACGUCUCUGCGGACUCCUACAGAGGUUUCAGAUGGCUAUUUUUCUGCUGCAAAUGGCCAAGAAGCCAAUAAUGCAGUGGCACUAACAUCCACGAAGGCUGAGGAGUCAGAUUCCUUUAGAAAUGUUUCUAUUCUAGCCGCAGCAAAGAAAAGAGAUGGAUCCACGGUCAAGCAAGAAAGUGUGAAUCAGCCUCAGGGUCGCGUCCGAACUUCCUUGAUUUCGCCAGCUUCAAAAGCUGACACUCUUGAGACUGAGAAAUCUGUGCUAAGAACUGCUUUGAGCUCCCAACCAGCCACAAUCUAUCCGCCUGAGUACUUGGUUCAUCUGCCCAACUGUCUGGCUGAUGGCCGUUUGGCCACAGAACCUGAUGAAUCUCCUACACGAAUCAGUGUAGCCAACUUUCUAUCAAGAUGGAAAGAACUUGGCCCAUCUGGCCUAGAGGCAGAGUUUGAGGAACGCUUCAAGCAUGAACCGGUACGCGGAUCCUGUCAUAGAUUUACGUAA